ACCCAAUUGAUUUUGAUGAUUUCCCCUGUAUCCUCGUAUAAGCCCAAAAUCUCGCUCCCUCCGAGUCUGGCGACCGUCUCCCUUUCUCCAAAAUACCUACAAAAUCUCUCGGAGUAGCUGUCUGAACUUCCAAUCCUACAGAAAUCAAGAAAAAAAGAGAGAUGUUUUUUCACAUAGUAUUGGAGCGGAACAUGCAGUUGCACCCCCGUCAUUUCGGCCGCGACCUUCGCGAUAAACUCGUCACUAAACUCAUGAAAGACGUCGAGGGCACUUGCAGCGGUCGGCAUGGGUUCAUUGUAGCGAUCACUGGUAUUGAAAAUGUUGGGAAAGGAUUAAUUCGUGAUGGUACCGGAUUUGUUACUUUUCCGGUGAAGUACCAGUGCGUGGUUUUUCGACCGUUUAAGGGGGAGAUUCUUGAAGCUGUUGUUACAAUGGUUAACAAGGUCAGAUUU